AUGGAACAUAAGCAGGUUUCACAACUUAUUGGCAGAGAGGGUACGCCUUUGAACACCAGACCUGCAUCUCCUUACACGCUGAACCCACCAGUCGAAGCAGACGGUCUGUCUUGGCCAUCACAAGGCUCUAGGUUGCGGUCUGAAGAGACGACGGAGGAAACUCAGCAGAGAACAGACCGCAUUGCAGCAGCCAUGAAAGUGAUUUUGAAGGAGCUAGGUGAAGAUGUAGAGCGCGAGGGGCUUUUGGAUACACCUCAACGGUAUGCUAAAGCCAUGAUGUAUUUCACCAAAGGUUACCAGCACAAUAUCGUCGACGAUGUGAUCAAAAACGCUGUAUUUGAAGAAGACCACGACGAAAUGGUCAUUGUCAGAGAUAUUGAAAUCUAUUCUUUGUGUGAACAUCAUCUGGUGCCUUUCUUUGGCAAAGUUCACAUUGGCUAUAUUCCCAACAAAAAAGUACUAGGGCUCAGUAAAUUGGCUCGUUUGGCUGAGAUGUAUGCUCGGAGGUUACAGGUGCAAGAACGUUUGACUAAACAAAUUGCGAUGGCUCUCAGUGAAAUUUUGAAGCCGAGGGGAGUGGCUGUGGUGAUCGAAGCCACACACAUGUGCAUGGUAUCGAGAGGUAUUCAAAAGACUGGAUCUUCGACUGUCACAUCGUGUAUGUUAGGAUGUUUUAGAGGUGCUCACAAGACGCGUGAAGAAUUUCUUAACUUACUCAACAAAAAAAGCAUAUAG